UGCUAUAUAAUUAGCGAGAGAGAGGGGGAGAGAGAGAGUGUGCGAGUGGGAAGGCUGAAAGCAUAUAAGUGGUAGUGGGAUGCGCACGGCAACCGAGGAUUUUGAUCUGAAGCAAUUUCUUGUCUUUCCCAUCUAUUUUCUUUCUUUGUUUCCUUCAUUUUCCUAAGAAACAAACAGAAAAUUUUCCUGGGAAGCAAACAGAAAUUUUUACCGAGAUCUAGAUGGGGAAGGGAGGGCAGGAUUUCGGUAAACGGAAAGAGGAUGGAAACCCUAGGCCGGUGGACAGCGAUGUGUUUCCGGCGUGGGCGAAGGAUAUUUUGGAGUGCGAGAAGCACUUUGGGGUUAACAGAAAAUUAGGGUUGGGAUCGGAGGACGUCGAGAAGCGGCGGGAGAAGUACGGAUCGAACGAGUUGGAGAAGCACGAGGGGCAGUCGAUUUGGAGUCUGGUUCUGGAGCAAUUCAAUGAUACUCUGGUUCGAAUCUUGCUUGUGGCGGCGGUCAUUUCUUUCGUUCUGGCUUGGCUGGAUGGAGAAGAAGGCGGCGAGAAGGAGAUCACGGCGUUUGUGGAGCCGCUGGUGAUCUUCUUGAUCUUGAUUGUGAACGCGAUUGUAGGGGUUUGGCAGGAGACCAAUGCCGAGAAGGCCUUGGAGGCGCUGAAGGAGAUUCAAUCGGAGCAGGCGACUGUGAUUCGGAAUGGGAGUAAGGUUCUGAAUUUGCCGGCGAAGGAGCUUGUUCCUGGUGACGUUGUGGAGCUUAAGGUUGGGGAUAAGGUGCCCGCUGAUAUGCGUGUUGUGGAACUGAUUAGCUCAACUUUGAGGGUGGAGCAGGGUUCAUUGACCGGAGAGAGUGAGGCGGUGAAUAAGACUAACAAGCCGGUCUCUGAGGACGCAGAUAUUCAAGGGAAGAAAAAUAUGGUUUUCGCAGGGACGACUAUUGUGAAUGGACAUUGCAUGUGCUUGGUUGCACAGACAGGAAUGUCGACUGAAAUUGGGAAGGUGCAUAUGCAAAUCCAUGUUGCCGCGCAGAGCGAAGAAGAUACACCACUUAAGAAGAAGCUUAAUGAGUUUGGAGAGAUGCUUACAAUGAUAAUUGGAGCGAUUUGCAUGUUAGUGUGGCUCAUCAAUGUCAAGUACUUCCUUACUUGGGAAUAUGUCAAUGGAUGGCCGGCAAAUUUCAAGUUUUCGUUUGAGAAGUGUACAUAUUACUUUGAGAUUGCAGUAGCAUUGGCUGUGGCUGCUAUUCCUGAAGGUCUGCCUGCAGUCAUUACAACAUGCUUGGCGCUUGGUACCCGUAAAAUGGCUCAGAAGAAUGCUUUGGUCCGAAAGCUGCCUAGUGUUGAAACUCUGGGUUGUACAACUGUGAUUUGUUCGGAUAAAACAGGGACCCUGACUACAAACCAGAUGGCAGUCUCCAAACUUGUAGCUUUGGGUCCUAGACCUACUAUACUACGGAAGUUUAGGGUGGAUGGAACUACAUACAAUCCACUUGAUGGUAGAAUUCAUGACUGGCCGACUGGUCGUAUGGAUGCUAAUCUUCAAAUGAUCGCAAAGGUAGCUGCUGUCUGCAAUGAUGCAGGAAUUAUCCAGGCAGAACAGAAGUAUGUUGCCCAUGGAAUGCCUACUGAGGCAGCUCUAAAGGUUUUAGUUGAGAAGAUGGGCCUUCCCGAAGGAUCCAAGGGUGCGGAAUCAUCAAAUGAAAGGGAUUUGCUUGGUUGUUGCCAGAAGUGGAGUGAAUUGGAACGCCGAAUUGCAACCCUUGAGUUUGAUCGUGAUAGGAAAUCCAUGGGUGUAAUUGUCAAUUCCCGUUCUGGAAAGAAGUCAUUGCUAGUGAAGGGUGCUGUAGAGAAUUUGCUGGAGAGAAGCACUAAGGUUCAGUUGCUUGAUGGCACUGUUGUACCUCUGGAUGAUAGCUCAAGGAACUAUAUCAUGCAAGCUCUUAAUGAGAUGUCAACUAGUGCACUGCGCUGUUUGGGUUUUGCAUACAAAGAUGAGCUUGGUGAGUUUUCAUCCUAUGAUGGUGAAGAUGAUCAUCCAGCUCAUAGACUUUUACUUGAUCCAUCCAAUUAUUCGUCAAUUGAGAGCGACCUUGUUUUUGUUGGCCUUGUUGGACUGAGGGAUCCGCCAAGAGAGGAGGUUUUUGAUGCAAUUGAAGACUGCCGAGCAGCAGGAAUUCGUGUUAUGGUAAUCACUGGAGAUAACCAGAACACAGCAGAAGCAAUAUGCCGUGAAAUAGGCGUGUUUGGGGCUGAUGAAGACAUACAUUCAAGAAGCCUUACAGGAAAAGAGUUUAUGGGUCUACGUGAUCAGAAAGCCCAUCUAAGACAAGGUGGUGGCCUUCUGUUUUCAAGGGCCGAACCAAAGCACAAACAAGAGAUUGUGAGGUUGCUCAAAGAGGAUGGUGAGGUGGUUGCUAUGACUGGUGAUGGAGUGAAUGAUGCACCUGCUUUGAAACUUGCUGAUAUUGGGAUUGCAAUGGGCAUUUCUGGAACUGAGGUUGCAAAGGAAGCUUCUGACAUGGUUUUGGCUGAUGAUAAUUUUAAGACAAUUGUUGCAGCUGUUGGUGAAGGCAGAUCUAUCUACAAUAACAUGAAAGCCUUUAUCAGGUACAUGAUCUCGUCCAACAUUGGUGAGGUUGCCUCCAUUUUCUUAACAGCAGCAUUAGGCAUUCCUGAAGGCCUCAUUCCUGUUCAGCUCUUGUGGGUGAAUCUUGUUACUGAUGGACCACCUGCAACAGCACUAGGAUUUAAUCCUCCAGACAAAGACAUAAUGAAGAAGCCCCCACGCAGAAGCGACGAUUCACUUAUCAGUGCCUGGAUAUUAUUCCGCUAUAUGGUUAUUGGGAUGUAUGUUGGACUGGCAACUGUAGGCGUAUUCAUCAUUUGGUAUACACAUGGUUCCUUCCUUGGUAUUGACCUCAGUGGGGAUGGCCACUCCCUUGUGACUUACUCCCAACUUGCUAACUGGGGACAGUGCUCAUCUUGGACAAAUUUCACCGCUUCACCCUUCACAGCCGGAAAUGAGGUCCUCUCCUUUGAUAACCCCUGUGAUUAUUUCCAUACUGGCAAAGUGAAAGCUAUGACACUAUCCCUCUCAGUGUUGGUCGCCAUUGAAAUGUUCAACUCUCUCAAUGCCCUUUCUGAGGACGGAAGCCUGCUGACCAUGCCCCCAUGGGUCAACCCCUGGCUUCUGGUGGCCAUGUCUGUUUCAUUCGGCCUGCACUUCUUGAUCCUGUAUGUGCCAUUCUUGGCUCAAGUAUUUGGCAUUGUGCCCCUGAGCUUAAACGAGUGGCUUCUGGUAUUGGCCGUUUCACUCCCAGUGAUUCUUAUUGACGAGGUCCUCAAGCUUGUUGGAAGAUGGACAAGCGCUUCUCAAAUAUCCAGGAGGACAAAACCAUCAAGGCCCAAGACAGAGUGAGGUGAGUUCCAGACUUCCAGUAGGUUGAUAACUCUCGUCCGAGAGGUGCGCACUCUUAAUAUUUGUUUACCCGGAAAACGGGUUUUACAUCUGAGGCAACAAAUUUAAACCGUGGGUCUUAAUUGGACUCUCUUCCCGUUUUAGUCAGGGAUGGUCUGGCUGUUGAAGAACUGAUCAGCAAUAUCUUUUUCUAGGUUUUUUGUAUAACUGGAUAACUUUGCCCCCAUUUUUAUUAGUGAUGCAACACUAGAAUUAUGCAAGUCUUUA